AAGGAGUCUCUGCUCCUCUGUCCUCUCUCCUCUCUGGGAUUUACUGCGGCUGAACGAUGGAUUUUCUGCUGCGUCUCGUUUCUUUUUCCUUCUGCACUUUGAGCGUCUUCAGCGCCGCUUCUCACCAUAACUGCAACAGUGCUUUGGUGUCCACGUUGCCGCACUCGUCGUUCCAGAGUUCCUCACAGUCAUCCAACAGUUAUGCCGCUUACAACGCUAAACUCAACCGCAGAGACGGAGCCGGAGGCUGGUCUCCCAUGGUGACAGACCGGGAGCCCUGGCUCCAGGUGGACCUCAGAGACCGGAUGGAGGUGACGGCCGUGGCCACGCAGGGACGCUACGACAGUUCGGCCUGGGUCAGCAAAUAUAUGCUGCUGUACAGCGACACGGGCCGAGCCUGGAAACAGUACAGACAGGAGGAUGGUGUCGGGAGGUUUGUGGGUAAUGUGAAUUCUGAGGCCGUGGUCCAGAACAAGCUGUCGCACUCGGUGAGGACUCGUUUUCUGCGCUUGGUCCCGGUGGACUGGAACCCGAGUGGCUGGCUGGGCCUCAGGCUGGAGGUGUACGGCUGCUCAUACAAGUCGGAUGUGGCAGACUUCGAUGGCCGAAGUUCUCUGCUGUACCGAUUCAACCAGAAGUCCAUGUCCACGGUGAAAGAUGUGAUCUCACUGCGCUUUAAGAGCCGCCAGGCGGAGGGCGUGUUACUGCACGGGGAGGGCCAGCGGGGCGACUACAUCACACUGGAGCUUCAUCGAGGAAAAGUUGCUCUCUACCUCAACCUGGAUGACACCAGGCUGAGGUUCAACAGCGGGCGAGUCGCUGUCAUCGUGGGCAGCCUGCUGGAUGACCAACACUGGCACUCGGUCCUCAUCGAGCGCUUCAACAAGCAGGUGAACCUGACAGUGGACUCCCACACCCAACAUUUCCGCACCAAAGGGGAGGGAAACUCUCUGGAGGUGGACUACGAGUUGAGUUUUGGAGGAAUCCCUUUGCCCGGUAAACCUGGAACCUUCCUGAGGAAGAACUUCCAUGGCUGCAUUGAAAAUCUUUACUACAACGGGAACAACAUUAUUGAUCUGGCAAAGCGACGUAAACCUCAGAUCUACAGUGUGGGUAAUGUGACGUUCUCGUGCUCGCAGCCCCAGCUGGUGGCCUGCACCUUCCUGAGCUCCAGCAGCAGCUUCAUGUCACUGCCUGCAGCACCUCCGUCCACCAUGGGGGGUUUCUCUGUCGCUUUCCACUUCAGGACGUGGAACCCGGACGGGCUGCUUCUCUCCGCUCGACUGAGUCCAGAACCCCAGAGACUGGAGCUGCAGAUCAGCGGCAGUCGGCUACGUAUGACCCUCCACAGCUCCGGACGACCAAAAUCAGAGGUCUCUGCUGGUCACAAAGUGAACGAUGGACUUUGGCAUUCUGUGAGUGUCGACACCAGAAGUCUGCAGAUCAGUUUAACUCUGGAUAAUGAACCUGCUUCCACCAUGGAACAGUGGGAACAGCUUGAAUCCAGAGGAAGCUUUUAUUUUGGAGGCUGCCCCUCCACAGACUGCCGGACGACUCCGGCCUUCCAGGGCUGCAUGCGGCUCAUUUUCAUCAACGGCCAGCUGGCCAACCUCAACCACAUCCAGCAAGGCCUGCUGGGAAAUUACAACGAGGUUCAAUUUGACACGUGCAACAUCAGAGACAGAUGUCUUCCUAACCUGUGUGAGCACGGAGGGCGGUGUUCCCAGACGUGGCGCUCCUUCUCCUGCGAGUGCUCUGGGACGGGAUACUCCGGAGCCACCUGUCACAACUCCAUCUACGAGCCGUCCUGCGAGGCCUACAAGCUGAUUGGCAGCUCCUCUGGCUUCUACUCCAUUGAUCCAGAUGGGAGCGGCCCCCUGGGGCCCACACAAGUCUACUGCAACAUGACAGAGGAGAAGGUGUGGACAGUCGUAUCCCACAACGUCAUGACACCCAUCAGAGUCCAGGGCUCGUCCGUCCAGAAUCCUCACAUUAUGAAGUUUAACUACAGCGCCUCGGGUGAGCAGCUCCAUGCCAUCAUCACCAGCUCGGAACAGUGCCAACAGCAAGUGGUUUACAACUGCAGGAAGUCCCGCCUCUUCAACACCAGAGACGGCAGCCCGCUGUCCUGGUGGGUGGACCAGGGUGGAGAGAGGCGGAGCUACUGGGGCGGCUUUCUGCCUGGAGUCCAGCAGUGCUCGUGCAGCCAGGAGGAGAACUGCAUCGACAUGAACUACUUCUGCAACUGUGACGCUGACACACAUUCGUGGACGAAUGACACGGGAGUCCUGUCUUAUAAAGACCACCUGCCGCUGACCCAGAUUGUGAUUGGAGACACCAACCGGACCGGCUCUGAGGCCGUCUACAGUGUUGGUGCUCUGCGUUGUUAUGGCGACAAGUCCAUCUGGAACUCGGCCUCCUUCUACCAGGAGUCGUCCUACCUGCACUUCCCCACCCUGCAGGCAGAUGUUGCCUCUGAUAUCUCCUUCUACUUCAAGACCAGUGCUCCUUCAGGAGUCUUUCUGGAGAACCUGGGCCUGCAGGACUUCAUCCGGGUGGAGCUCAGCUCUCCCGCCGUGGUCACUUUAUCCUUCGACGUGGGUAACGGGCCGGCGGUCUUGGCCGUGAAGUCCCACCUGCCCCUGAAUGACAGGCAGUGGCACUAUGUGAAGGCGGAGCGGAACGCAAAGGAGGCCUCGCUACAGGUGGACCAGCUGCCCGUCCGCUUCCUGGAAGCGCCGGCGGACGGUCACCUCCGCUUACGACUCAACAGUCAGCUGUUUGUAGGUGGAACGGCGUCCCGGCAGAGAGGCUUCCUCGGCUGCAUUCGGACUCUGGUCAUUAACGGCGUGACCUUUAACCUGGAGGAGAGGGCCAAGAUGGCGCCAGGGGUGAGCUCUGGUUGCCCUGGUUACUGCAGCGGUUCCAGCAGCCUGUGCCACAAUAGAGGGCGCUGUAUCGAAAAGAGCAGCGGCUACGCCUGCGACUGCUCACAGUCAGCCUACGGAGGUCCCACCUGUAAGGAAGAGGUGUCGGUGUCCUUCGACCGAGAGUCCUCGCUGACCUUCACCUUCCAGGAGCCCUUCUCAGUGAUGCAGAACCGGAGCUCGCAGGCAUCCAGCGUGUCCAGAGAGAGCAGCAGCCGGGCGAGAGAGGAUGUGGCCUUCAGCUUCGUCACCUCGCAGAGUCCGGCCAUGCUGCUGACCGUCACCACCUUCAGCCAGCAGUACAUCACCAUCAUCCUCGCCAGGAACGGGAGUCUCCAGAUCUGGUAUCACCUGCAGACAGACAGGAACCCGGAUGUGUUCAGCCCCGCCCUCGGAAACCUGGCAGACGGUCGCCUUCAUCGGAUCAAAAUCCACCGUGAAAGCAAAGAUCUUUAUGUACAAAUCGACCAGGACGUGCACAGAAAGUACACGCUGUCCUCCGACGCAGAGCUGGUCCUCAUCAGGUCCUUGAGUUUGGGCAGAGUCAUCAGAAGAGAAAAUCUCAAAGACGACGUGGUUCAGGCAGGUUUGAAGGGUUUCGUUGGCUGCCUGUCCUCAGUCCAGUUCAAUCAUGUGGCUCCACUGAAAGCGGCGCUGCUCAAUCGAGGAAGCUCAUUGGUCACCAUCCGCGGUCCUCUGGUCCAGUCCAACUGCGGCGCUCUGGCGGACUCCAUCACAUCCCACAAUCUGAAAGAUCAAGCUGCAACAGCUAAUAAAGAUAAGGAGCUGCAGGAAAACGACACCCAGACCGACGUGGCCGUUAUAGCAGGUGUUGUGACAGCGGUGGCCUUCAUCGCCGUGUGCAUUGUAGCCGUGCUGACCCGCCUCCUGUACCUGCGGCAGCAAACACAGAGCAGUGAAGGUGUGAAGGAGAAGGAGCAACGGCACAACAUGGAGCCGGCCUACAGGGCGGAGCUACACCUACACAACUCUGUCAGGGACACCAUGAAGGAGUACUACAUCUGACAGCGGCCGCCGCACGCCGCCGUCGGACGGACAGGUGCAGCAUUCCUAGUAAACACAGAUCUGUGCUCGUGACCUGGACGUCGAGCAGAGACACGGGUAAAAACCUCGGGGACUGUCCCGCUGAGCGGCCACUCCAGCACAAACAGGAAGAGGAGGAGUCUUCACCAAUUUCUUUGAUGUUGGUCAAACGGGAGC